AUGUCUUCUGCUCACGACACUAUCAUGUCGUUCGUCACUGUCUCCGCCCCCGACUCUUUGGAAGAAUACACGACUGAGCAUGCUAGCAGCGGAGAAGAGAAUGUUGCCGCUACGUCUGAAGCCAAGAGAGCAUCCAGGAGCGCUUCCACCGAGAAGAACAAGAUUCAGGAGACGCCAAAGCGAAACCGACGCAGUACCAAGUCUACCCAGACCAGCCCGACCACCGAUAAGACAACAGCCGUAUCGAGUGGAUCAAGCACUUUCAUAUCAGCAGCCGGUUCCAAUGAAGCUGUUUCCACACGGUCAGCGUCGUCAACCAAGAAGACCGGCCGUACAGACCGCAACGCCAAGAAAUUUGUCGUCUUGUCAAAAGACCCUCGCGCCAUUGCCAAGACUGAGUCGCCACGAGGCAACAAGCGCGCAGCAGAAAACAAGAAGGGUGGUCGAGCCAAGCGUCAAGUCCGGUCGUCCCAGGAGCUGGGUUUAAUCUACAACAGCAUCAAGGCUAUCAACAUGCCGCCUCGUGUCGGUCAAGUUCCUGGUCAAGUUCCCCCCACACCUGUCGUUGGCGACUAUCCAUUCGGCGAUACGGAGGAUCAUCAGAACAGUAUGAUCAUUUACUGGCUGGACGAUCUGGAGAACACUUAUGCGAAGACGACCAUACUGUACAACGAGACGUUUCCGAACGACAAGGUAACAGAUGAAGCUGUGCGUCGUCGUCACAUUAGAUCUCUGGAGCGACUGCAGAAGCGCUACGGUGCAAAGCCUGUUGCGCAGAUUGGCAUAGUUGGCAGGAACAUUGCGAGGCGUGGGAGGCCGCGUGCGCCUCGUCUCAGUGGUAUCGAGCCUGAGAAUGACCCAGCCGAUGCUGCUGCGCCAUAUGAAGAGCAAGUCGAAGGCGAUGCUUCCGUCACUGAAGACAAUUCAACUCAUACAUCGCAUUCUCCUCCAAGAGGCAGCCUAGCCAAAGCAAUCGAUCAGGUUCAACGCGAGAAGCGGAAUCACAAAGGCCAUGAAUUCGACAAGGCUUGCAUCGUUGUUUGGCGUGACGCCGACAAGAUGUCAUUCAAGGAUAUCCGCGCAAAGCUCGACAACGAGCGUGGAUGGUCCUUGGGCGAGCCCACAGUCAAGAAGGAGUACACGAGAGCUCGUGCUCGCAUCUGGGGCACUACUUCACUGGAGGUUGCUGCCGACGAGGAUGAUGAGAGUAAAAGGAAAGCGGCUGAGGAUGAACAAGGAGAAGACAUGGAGAUGGAGGAUGAUUUAGUUGAGCAGAAGGAGAUAUGA